UUGUCAGACUCAACAAAUAAGGAAAGAAUGGAAGUGCUAGGGAGAGAGAUGGUUGGGCACUGCUCUGGUUUGCCAUUAGCCAUCAUCAUGCUCAGUGGGCUUCUAUCUGAAAAACAAACAGUUAAAGAGUGGGAGGACAUGAAAGGAAAUGUGAUGAAAUAUAUAGCUGAAAGCAAUAGAAAAGAUGAUGACUCGCUAAAAAAUGGUUUAUGGGUGUUAGGUUUGAGUUACGACGAGCUUCCAUUUUACAUAAAACCUUGUUUUCUAUACUUGGCUCAUUAUCCUGAAGACGCCACCAUACGAGUAAAAGAAGUAUGUCGCAUGCUGGUUGCAGAAGGCUUUAUAGCACCAAGUGAAAUGAAUUCAACAAAAGCUAUUGAGGAUGUGGCAUAUGAUUGCUUAAAUGAGUUUGUGAAGAGGAGCAUGAUUCAGGUAGAAAAUUGGGGUUCGACUGGAAGAAUAAAAACAUUUCGCAUUCAUGAUCUCAUGCGAGAAUUUUGCUUGUCCAAAGGUCGAGAUGAUUUAUUUAUACAGUUUGUUGAUUUGAGGAAUAAGGCGGAAGAGGCACUAAAAUCUGUAUCUGACAUCAUAAGGAGAGUUGCCGUUUAUACUACAUAUGAUGAUUUUCAUUCUAUCAAUUUUUUUCAUAAAGCAAAUAAGUCUCUCAGGUGUCUUGUUGUAGAUAUGAGAAAGGAGAGAAUCAUUGAACCAAUGCUUGAACGAGUGUCCAGUUUUCUCAUGCUCAGAGUUUUAAAUUUAAGUUUAUAUAUGGGUCCCAACGACCGUGAAUUGCCUAAAGAAAUUGGGCAACUUAUUCACCUAAGAUGGUUUAAAAUUAGGUGUGGCUUUUUUAUGACGAUCCCAUCUUCUAUUGGCAAUUUGAGACGGCUACAGACUUUCAAGUUAGAUGCUGAAGUUGUGAGUAUUUGGAGAGUGGAGUGGAAAAUUCCAAAGGUAUUGUGGAAGUGGGAACAACUGAGGCAUUUAUGCUUGCCCAAUCCUUAUGGCCUAGCAUCUAGUAAAUGGUCGAGGUCUAGUAAAUGGUUGAGGUUACCUAAUCCUCGAAAUUUACAAACAUUGGAAGGUGUUCAAACCAAGUACCUCGCUAUGGAUGAUUUUCUGAUGUUGAUAAAUCUCAAGAAAUUAAAGAUUUAUGUGGAUAAAGAUUUGGGAAGAAUUUACCACGAUCCCGAAAAUAACAAUUUCACUUGUCUUGAGAGUUUACAAGUGGUUAGUAACGAGCGCUUCAUAAUAGAAAUUGUUCCUAUUAUAUUAAGCUACCCUCGAAUUUACAAGCUCAAAAUAAUGCAUGUGCGGUUAGUAAAAUUACCAGAAGUCAGCCAAUUUUCUCCAAACCUUAUGAAGCUAGCUUUGAAAGAGACUUUUCUUGAGGAUGAUCCAAUGCCAACACUGGAAAAGCUACCGAAUUUGAGAGUCCUUUACUUUUAUUAUGGUAGCUUUACUGGGGAUAAGAUGGUUUGCUCAAAAGGAGGUUUUCCUCGACUAGAAUCUCUUCAUUUUGAAUCUCUUCAUAGUGGAAAUGUUGGCCUGAAAGAGUGGAAGGUGGAAAAAGGGGCCUUGUCUAGUCUUCGCUUUUUGGUGAUUGAUUAUUGCAGAAGAUUGAGUGGAGUUUCGGAUGGAUUAAAAUACAUUACUACGCUUAAGGAAAUGAAGAUUCAAACUAUGCCUAGAGAAUUCAAAAAAAGGUUGGAGAAAGGCGGAGAUGAUUUCUACAAAGUCCAACACGUCCCAUCUCGAAUAUUUUUCAACUGCAAUUAUGCAGCUUGGUGAGAAGAGUUUUGAGCUAUACCAUAAGCUCAGCAUUUGGAUCAUGAGUUUGCCAGUAGCUCGAAGAGGAUCUCUACUUCACUUAAACAAUGAUGAAAUUGUGCGUGUGUGUGUUUUAAUUAUUAUGUGUCGAUUUUCUCGUGGCAAAACUAAUUGUUGAAUAAUGUUUGGAUUGUGUGUUUGUGUGUUUUAAUUCUGCGUGGCUUUUUUCAGUUUUAAUGUUUGCUUCUACUUUGGAUUGAAGUCACAACUGCAAACUUGAAGCAUGUGAUGAUUUUAAUUAGUUUUUUUUUAAUAUGUAAUUUUACUUUUUAUAAGUAAAUGCAUAUAUUUGGGGAGACUGAUCAUCUGUCCAGUUUGUGUAUCU